UGGGGAGGACUCCCAACCCACACGAGCGGUUUCCUUUUGAACUUGUGCAUGCGACCCCCAAUGCCCACAGCCUCAGAGGAGCAAUCUGUCUCAAAGUAAGGGAAACGCACACACAGAAAGAGAGAGAAGGGGGGAGAGAGAGAGAGAGAGAGAGAGAAGAGGGAGGGGAGAUACAGAGGGGGGUGGGGUGGGGGGAGAGACCCGUGUGGUUUUCUUCCACCCGAGGCCGUGUCUCUCUUAAUUUUUUGGGCUCUUUCUUGGCAAACUGUUUCUUCUUGGGGUUCUCCAUCAUCCUCUUCUUCCUGCUCUGAAAGCUCUGUUUUCAUCAACUUCCCUUUAAAGUAACAUCAACUACAUAUAAAGAUCCCUCCUUUCUUGUUUAAAUGCUUUCGGAUUGGGAUUUACAGGAGACUGGCCAAGAAGAAGGUCCAAAGCCCUUUCCUUUGUGACCGAAACCUCUUCCCUCUUAAUAGAGAUAUGGCUCCUCAACAUCUGAAAAUAACGGCUGAGAUGGGGUUCUUCCACCCUCCACCACCACCCCCACCACCACCACCACGUCCAUUUCUUGGUGGUUUGGGCUCUCCAUCUGGAGGGAUGGAAUGUAGGAGUAGUGGGAUGGGCUUCUCGAUGGUGAAGGAGCAGUGUAGGAGUAGUGGGAUGGGCUUCUCGAUGGUGAAGGAGCAGCACAAAGACUGCGGCUUUAGUGGGGAGCAAGUACUGUAUCAUGGGGAUGAGAAGGAGCAAAGCGGGCAAGGAGAAGGUGGCACCCAUGAGAAUGGCCAGACCAAGCUCUGUGCUAGGGGCCAUUGGAGGCCAGGUGAGGAUGCCAAGCUCAAGGAGCUUGUCUCCCAAUUCGGACCCCAAAACUGGAAUCUGAUUGCUGAGAAGCUUGAAGGGAGAUCAGGGAAGAGCUGCAGACUCAGGUGGUUCAACCAGCUGGACCCAAGGAUCAACAGGAGGGUCUUCAGUGAGGAGGAAGAGGAGAGGCUUCUGGCUGCCCACAGGCUCUAUGGCAACAAAUGGGCACUGAUUGCCAGGCUUUUCCCUGGAAGGACGGACAAUGCAGUGAAGAACCAUUGGCAUGUGAUCAUGGCCAGGAAGCACAGGGAGAAGUCCAGUUCCUACAGGAGGAGGAAGUCCUCCACCUCCUCCCCAAACCCUCCCUCCUCUCAGGCCCUCACCAACAGGAUCGAGGUGAACACCAGCAACAUUGCAUGCAGUGGUGAGUCCACCAUCACCGCCACUAGAGAUGAGUCUGCCUCCACUUGCACAGAUCUCUCCCUCAAUUCUUUCACCAGUGUGACCAUUCCUAACUUACUCUAUAGCUAUAGCUCUCCCCAGCAGCCACGGCCCUUUGAGUUCCUCAUGGGUUCUGAUGAAAAGCUGGUGGCUGGGAGGAAUGGAUGCUAUGGGAAAUUUGGCGACUAUGGGAGUAGCUUCCCACAUGGUCCUCCUAUGAUGAUGGUUCCAGGUUUUGAUCAGUCUGGUUUCUCUAAUUCAACCUCCGAGGCCUCGGCAACUGAAUCACUGGCCAAGCAUAGCAGCAGAGCUUGGCUGCAUGGUGAAACAGGUCAUGAGAGGGAGAAGAUUAGCCUGCCCUUCAUUGAUUUCCUUGGAGUAGGAGCAACAUAGAAAAUGGGGUUGGCAGCUUAAUGUACAGGGAGUCUAUAAAGGGGUGGAAUCAAAGAGGAGAAAAGAAAAGAGGGCGAGAGAGAGAGAGAGAGAGAAAGGUGAAGGCGAUGGGAAGUUUUUUGUUCAUUAAAAGCAGCACCUUAGUUUUGUUGGCUAAAACCUUUAAUCCUCUCUUGUUAACUAUUCUCAAUGAGGUUGUUAGUAAACUAAUGCCGUGACCUCUGCUUCUAUUUUCUAAACUAAUGAGAUGAUGCUGUAUUCUGCUGCAUUCCUUGUCA